AUCGCACGUUCAUGAGAUUCAAUCUAGGAGUCAAGUGGAUAGAUGGCUUACUCAUACUGUGCUGCUGAAAUUGAGAUGAUCAUCCAGGUGGCUAGAGACAAGAAGAACUGGAGAGAGGGAGAAAAAUGUCUCGGUGUGAGAGAGGUCCAAAGCAAAAUGAAGUGUAUCUCACCACAGACUGAAGAACCACCAGGACUCCCUCUUGUAGAUGUUGUGGGGAAAGGACAAGAAGAAGAGGUCGUCAACCAGUCUGCAGAGGAGACAGAUGAGGUUGUGAAACAGUCUGGAGAGGAGAGAGAUGGGAUCGUGAACCAGUCUGGAGAGGAGAGAGAUGAGGUUGUCAACCAGUCUGGAGAGGAGAGAGAUGAGAUCGUGAACCAGUCUGAAGAGGAGACAGAUGAGGUCCUGAAACAGUCUGCAGAGGAGAGAGAUGGGAUCGUCCACCAGUCUGAAGAGGAGAGAGAUGGGAUUGUCAACCAGUCUGCAGAGGAGAGAGAUAAGGUCAUCACUGAGCAUGAUAAUGAUGAGACUGAGAUGCCAGAAGAAAAAACUGCAGGAGAAGGCCACUAUGAUCCUAAGCCAUUUGUCAGUAUUAAAGUCCGCUGUUCCAGAGCUUUUGCAGACGACGGUGAACUGUACCGAUGGGGUCUGUAUGGAAAGCCUGAAGAGCAGCGUGAUGAUGACACCUUUGGACAGGAACAGGAAAACGAUGUCCUCAUCGAUGAAGGAAAAAAGGAUAAAUCACACCAAUGUGGGACCAGCGAAUCAGCCAUCGCAGAGGGAACCGUCAAGAAGGCGAAUGGCUCCGAUAAUGGGUGUGAUGUGAAGGAGAUCAGGCCGUACCACUCAUCGUUCGUGAACUUUACCGGAGAGUAUGAAGGUCAAGAAGAGGUCAUGAAGGACAUGGGACUCCCUCUUAGCUUUGCCCGUUCACCAAGAGACUGUGAGAAGGAGGACGAGGGCACGUACAAGGUCAGAACAAAGUCAAACAAAGGAAAAAAAAGUAAGAGAAAGGCGAAGAACAGCAGGAACAGGCAGAGAUCUCAAGAUCACAGGAAGGACACCUACUCCAAUGUCCAAAAUCCAGACGAGAAUGAAACCAAGUACAACUCACAUAUCGGCCAAGGUAGACAUUCUGAGAAGGAAGCAAAUGAGGGUAUACCAAAUGGCUUGGAAGGAUGCAACAAGGAACUUGGAGUCGGUGGAGAUUGUGAUGGGUCUGAGGGUAUUUCUUCUUGGGAGGAGUACUGGGAGAAGUUUGGGCAUGGUCUUGUCUUGCAAGGCUGGCUUGAACUGCAUCCAGAGUUUGGUGAAGAUGAAUCUUCCAGUUAUACCCAGGAGGGGUGUUUGCAUACAGAGGGUGGAAGGGAUCCAAGUGGGAUGCUAAUAAAAACACCAGGGAAAAAAGAAGAUGUUGAGCUAAAGGACAAUGGUGGCCUAGACAUGAAUGUCAGAUGUAAUCAGGAGCAUGUUGCUGACCUUGGUGUUGAUAUGCUUCUUGAAUCCUGCCAGGACAAAGAUAUCCUCACAGAAGCAGCUCACCUCUCAGAGAAAAUGGAACAGCCUUGUCAUGGCUGUGAGGGCACUGACCAUAACAGCGGGGGAGGUCAGCUCACUAAUAUUGGUGAGGCUGACAGUGAAGUAAAUGUUGUGCAACAAUUGCGUACUUUUGAUGAUGUGACAGUUCCUAGUACAAAAUCUUUAGAACCUGGAACUGAUGUAAUUACUGGUUCUUUUGGGGACCAACCUGGCAAGCAGCAUGAAAGUACAGCUGAAGGAGAUAUUGGCAAUGCAGUCCAUAUCCCCCUCUCUUCAGUGAACCAAACAUGCCCAACCCUUCAAAAUGGAAACAUUGAAAAUCAUGCUGGUGAUGUGUUCGAGGAAAAAGAUUUAAGUGGUGGUAAAAUGGUUGAUAAGUCACAGGAUGCUGCUCUGACUGCACCUGAAUCCAAAUGGACUCCAGAAUUGAUAGAAGAAUGGGACAAUCAUUCCGAUGACACAUACUGGUACUACCACCACUGGUUCCACUCUUGGCAGAAUGUGCUUCAAGGAGAGGAGGGAGCGAUUGCAGCAGGUGAAGAGAUUCCUCAAGAAAAUCUGAUAGAAGCUAAUGGUGUGGUGAACGGUGAAGAUGAUGCAUGUGUUGUAAGUUCCUGUGACCAAAAAGGGAAUGCUUCAACACUCUUAGAAGAACAGAUACCAGAAGAAUGUAAACUGGUUGAUGAUGUAGAGACGGCUGUUGAGGUUGAACCAAAGAAGGAGGAUACUUCAACAAUCAUGCACGACCAGAUACCUGAUAGGAGUACAUCAGGAGACUCUGAACUGAAAGACCAGCAUGAAGAUGAGCCUGGUCACAACCUAGAGGAAGAGAUUAAGAUGGUCUUCCCAGAUGAAGAGGAGAGUGACAUGAUGAAACAAAUGGGACUUCCCUCAGGGUUCGGCAAGGAUGCACCUCAAGGCAGAGAGAUGAAAGGUGGAGGGAAGAAAAGGAAGCAAAACUCGAAGCAGACCAGGACUAAUUCCAGCGGAAGCAUCAAUGGUAACCCACAUUCCACCAUCCAUUUAUCUGUUACUUUGAAUAAUCUUCAAGGAUUAUGA